AAGAAUGUAUUUCCUAGAGUCAGUUAACAGAAGGUGUCAUUUCUCUGUCAAAUUCAGAAUUUGAGGGCCAUGGAGAGAACAAGGUUCUGAUGAACUUGCUCUUCAUGGGGAAUUUGGGACCUAAGGUGCCAGGACUGUGUUUUGGGGUGAGGAAUCUCAGCAUGACCUUAAGAGGUACUUGUGUGAAUGCAUCAGGACAAAAGAGAGGAGAAAUGCCAGUGAAAGUCUGGAGGUCAUUAGAGAAGAACCCAAGAAUCUCAAUAGGAGCCUGAGCUGCUGAGCAUUUUGGGACUGAGUGCCCCUGAGGAUUUCCAUAAGAGGAUGAUCCUUGGUUGGGUUCAAGCCCAGAGGACAUCCUCAUACCCAGAGGCUCUUCUCCAUCACCCUCUCCCCCCAAAAUAGACAAUCUUCUGGGCUGACCUGACUCUUGAGGUGUCUGCUGAAUGUCCUGAGUGCUAAGGUCAAGUCCUGGCUUCAUUCAAAGGGAAGGGUGGCAUGGGGACUCCUGGUUUCAGAUAAAUUUGGGAAGAGCCAAGAGAAAAGGAAAAUUCUCACUAGAAUGGGAAAGACUGGCAAGAAAUGCUCCCCUCAAAUCCUCCUCAAGAUUAAAGUCAUUCUCUUAGUUGAGGUUCUGCCACUGUGCCUAUUGGUCUGAGGAAUAAUGGGGUAUGACUGGAUUGGGGCCCACUUAGGCCUUUGUUUCUCUAUUGAACGCAUGAGGAAGAGAGGUCAGCUGGUCCUUUCUGGCUGAAUCCCUGUGGCCUUUGCUUAGGUGAAGGAUGUUCUACAGGCCUGGGAGCACCAAGACAGAUCCCACCCUUACAUAGGGCCCUGACUCAGAAAGCCAGGGGAGUCCAGGGGAUGGGCUGGGCCUUCAUGGAAAGUUCCUGACAGUUCUUCCCCAUCCCCCACCAACCCUCACUCUGGUUAAAACUGCCAGAAGAGUUCCCUCAGAGACAUCAACCUCUCCUGCCCUUGGCAGAGAGGAUCUUGGGGGGGGCAGAGGUUUCUCUCUUAUCUAGAAAUCGGGCCUCCUACCAUAGGAAGAAAGUUCCCUUCUCAGAUUCAGAAAAUUGUGGAGACUUAAGGGGAAAAUUCUCCUAGGUUUGUGGAGGGGGUAUUUCGAGGAGGGCCUGGCCUCAACCAGAAGCCUAUAGAGACCUUUCUGCUCUGAGAAAUUCUCUUCAAGGUCUAAAUUCUCCUCAGAAGAUAGAAGCAUAAUUUCUGGAUCUGCUGUCCCUUGUGUAAUCUUGCACCAGUCACUCCUCAGCUCUCUGACUGCAAGACAACAGAAAGAACUUUCAGCAAUGUUGGCAACAGCUAGUGAAGUUCCACAACCUCCGCAUCCUCGAUGGAGGUUCCAUUGCUGGAGAUUCCAUCAUCGGAGGUUCCAUCGACUCUCUCCCUCCUUGGAACCAGAGCAGGUGAAACAGGAGGAGGCAGAAACUGAAGACAAUGACCUGGAUUCCAAAGCAUCCUCCGAAAAUCUGUUGUUUGUCCAGUCAUCCAAGGAGCCCCAACUGGUCUCUAAAAUUCAGUCAAUGUCCUAUAGUAAGAGGACCUUCCUGCUGGAUUCUAUCCGGCAUUACCUAAAGAAGUAUCUGGAGGUGGAACCUGAGCUCCUCUCAAUAGGGAUCUUUAACACCUACCUCCAGGAUCUCAUUUCCAUAAUGACAGAUUCUACAAAUUGCCUGGACAGGAAAUUUCUCUUUUACUUUUAUGGAUUGAUCCUCAGAGAGUCCUCAGAGAACAUUGACCUGAAGAAACACUUGUUAGGACUCCUAGAUCUGUCUCACCAGUUGGCGAGUCAUCGUGAGGGCAUAGCACUAGCAAUCGGGCUGGCAUCCUCUAUCCACUUUGAAACAGUCUGGUCGAUUUUGGAGCAUUUUGGCCAAACUAGAAUACUGAGGCAUAGUAUAAUGACCAGUAAUGCCAAGAGCAUUCAUGACGUGCCUUGGGAGUGGGCAAACAGUACAGCCCUGCUAUGCUAUGGACAGAUGGUGGUCCAUGCCAAGAACAUCAUUCUUCCAUGGGUAGACAACAUCACCUCCAGGAUGGUGUACUACUUCAACUGCAGCAAAUAUGAUUCCAUCCUGAAGAAUAGUUUUCUCAGUGCCACAAUCAUGAUCUCCACAGUACUCAGCAAGGAUCCUGGAGCACAGAACCACACAUUCAAACAGAUCCCAGACCUCAUUGACUGUAUAUUGAUCAGCAUUCAGAACGAAUCCCAGGAAUUUCUUGCCACAUAUUUUCAGCAGAAGAGCCUACAAGUUAUCAGCAAAUUAUGCUCCCUGUUACAACCAGGUAUCCCAACGAUGGUCAAAACAAAAAUUCUCAGUACCUGCUUUGAAAGCCUGUUCAUGCUUCCUGCCCCAGAGAUGUUAGCAAACAAUCUGGUUGUCCAGGAGGACCUACCUGAUGUUCAGAUCCUGCAUACAAAGACAAUGCAUGCCCUUGACCUGCUUCUCCAGCAUUUCCUCUUUGAGCAUCAGACAAUGGAAGAGCUCCAAUUUAUCCUGCAGCACUUUGAGCCCUGGCUCAUGGCCAGUAAGCCUCAUGAAAGACUUCGGGCUGAGCAGACUGCCUUGAGGUUACUCCAAUACUCCCAAGAAAAUUUGAGUCUAAAUUCUGAGUCUUCACUGGCAAUGAUGGGGCAUCAAAUAGCUUUGUUCAGUCUUCUUUGGAGAGAUGAGAGUGAAGAAAACCGACUCUGUGCUCAAGAGUGCAUUUCAAUCCUCAUACAGCUUCUGACAUAUAAAAAGCCUGAGGAAGACCACACUUGCAUACAUACAUUGAAGCAACUGAAAUAUCUGAACAUCAAGAUCUCAAAGAAAGAGGUCAGAGAUUGCUCCUUCUUGGUGAAAGUGUUUAGGAAAAAUCUCUCUGUGAAACAAAAUACUCAACUCAUCCUGACCUUAAUGAAUGGUCUAAAGGACCACAACCAAGUCAGAGUACAAUUGGCUUUGGAGAUGUUCAGCCUUUUUCUUCAUACCCCAGGACUCAAGAUGGAGCAGGUGGCAGAAGUAUUUAAGGGCAUGCACAAAGUGCUCCCUUCUAUCAAGUUCCCGAAUGUCCGACUGUCACUUCUCAAAGCUAUCCCAGAGUUGGGGCGAAAACACACACAGGCAGUGGUUGAAGUACUCUUGUCCAUCGCCCAACCAAUGGACAGACAAAUCAUGGAAAUGUGGAAGGUCAUGGGGAUGGAUAGAAAUCUAAGGAAGAGACUGAUGACCUUGCUGUUCCUGAAAAUGAAGACUCAUCCAUCUGGAGAGGCUUAUGGAAACGUAAAGGAUAAGACAGAAAUGAUGUCCAUAGAGGCACUGAACACAAUGUAUGAGCUCCUCUACCUUCAGGAAUUCCGGCUGGUGAUCCAUUGGGCCUUCUCCAGUAUUCUUUUGGGCCUGCUGACUCAGCUGCACUACUUUUUCGAAAUGAACAUGGUUGACAUGGAAUAUGUUGAUGACAGCCUGAAUUUGGAGUAUCUCAGUCCUUUCAGGACAUGCCUGGAGGCCCUGAAAGGUCUGUUUUGGACUACUAACAACUGGGAGGUGUUUGCUUAUAUGAAGCUACAACAGGGCUGGCUCCUUUUCGAGAGGAUAAAUACAUUCCAGCAGGGCGUGACUCUCCUGUCGAGGGCCAUAACUCACUACAAAUGUAAGACCAAGAACAUUUUAAAUUAUGCUAUGAAAAGCAUGAAGAAGAGUCCGUACGAGCGGGAUCACUUACUUCUCAACAGUAAAGAGGUCCCAUGGUACAUGUUUCGAAGUACUAUCAGGAACUUUCUAACUUCAUUCCUGGGAAGCUCCAACGAAGUGGUACGGAUCAUGAGUUUGCAGGGAUUGGGCAGCGUUCUACUACAACCUGAGAAGGGAAAUCUGCUCCGGAAACAAUUGUCAGGAUUGAUAGUAGAAUUGUUGCAUCGGGAAGAGGAUACCAUAUUGAUACUUAUGAAUAUCAUUGGAGAAAUUCUGCAUCUUCUGACCUUACAGGGUGCCGGCAUCAACAGUCUCAGGGUGGCAGAGCAGCUAUUUGAUCUCUUUGAUGAUGAGAAUGAAAGGAUUCGAGGAGAAGCCAUCUUCCUCUAUGGAGAUGUAAUCCAUAGUGGUGGAAAGAAGUUUGAACACAAAUUGAAACUGCAUGCUUUUCAGUGCCUGGUUCCUCUCCUUUUCCAUCUGGCUGACUCUUGCCCAGAAGUUGUUGGGAAGACUAAGUUCACAUUCAUGCGUCUUGCCAUAUUAUUCAACUGGGGCUUUCGGAAGGAACUAUUUAGCACUCUGGCCUGGCGUGAGGGCAAGGGAGCUGAGAAUGACAUCUUUCUCUACAUGGUGGAGAGUAAUUUUGGAGAAUACCAUUUGUUCCUUCUGCAGGCUUUUAUGUAUGUCAAAAGCCCUCAGAAGAACCUCCAACGAGCUGCCAUGAAGUUUAUUGGUGGGAUGCUUCAUGAGUAUUUUUCUGAUCUCUGCUUUUAUUUGAACAAGUCGGAUAUGAAGCUACUGACAAAAAAUUUUGAAGAUCUGCGAAGGGACCAAGACCCCAGUAUCAGAAAGUUCUACCUGAACUAUUCAAAAGAUAUCUAUGAGCUGUCCCAAUAUGUAUCCUGAAGCUUUGGUAAACUGUCUUUCGUGUUUUAAAGAA